AUGGAAAUAACCGGUUUGGUUAUUGCCAGUGGCAUCGGCAUGAGUGCAUUAGCGAUCACUGUUGCAAGUGUACCGUUCGUGACUCCUGCAUUUCGGAAAAUCUGUAUUCCAUACAUUCCGGCGACUACAACUCAGUUAAAUAAUAUUACCAAAAUGCUUUCGAAAUGCCAGAAUAUAUCGCCUGUUGUCGAUCUUGGUAGUGGCGAUGGACGUGUAGUAAAUAUGAAAUUUGGUGAGCAGCUUGCUAGUCAUUUAACACCCGAAUGGCGGAAACAGUAUAUCCAAUAUGAAGCACUAAAGCAUCUCUUAGGCGAAGUAAUGUGUGUUGCACCAACUGAUGAUACAGAUCGUGAUCAGUUUAUAACACAGCAUGAUGAAGAAUUUUUCGCUGAAUGUGAGAAAGAAUUAACGAAAAUCAAUCUCUUUUAUAGUCAGAAAAUAGCAGAAGCGCAAGGUAAAUAUCAUGAAUUGGUUUCUGAGCUAACGAUGUUGAAAGAAAAUCAAUCGCGUGAAAGUGAGCCGCAUCGAGUGACAUUUACACUACGAAAUCGUCUCGUAGGGAAACAUAGUCAAAUGGUAAAUGCGGCUCGAGAACAUGCAAAAUCUGCUCAACAAUUACGUCUAGCAUUUUCUGAAUUCUAUUUGUCGCUUGUUCUUUUGCAAAAUUUUCAACAAUUGAAUGCAACAGGUUUUCGGAAAAUUUUGAAAAAACACGAUAAGAUAAUAAUGAAUGAGCGUGGCUUAGAUUGGCGAAUAAAUAAAGUUGAGAAAUCAUCGUUUUUUUUGAAUCGAGAUAUUGAAACACUUAUAACGAAUGUAGAAACGGCUGUUAUCAAUGAAUUAGAAGGUGGCAAUCGUCAAGCAGGAAUGAAACGACUUAAGGUUCCACCAUUAAGUGAAAAACAACAUGCAACUACAACAUUUUCUUUAGGCUUAUUUCUCGGUGCAUUUGCUGUUUUAGCCAUGGCAAUCAUACUAACAUGGUUUGGUGCUAAAAGCCGUCCAAAUGAACCGAAAUGGGUUGCUGUGCGAUUAUUUCGUGGUAUUUUCCUUCUUUUCAUCUGCAUUUGGCUAUGUGGAUUAAAUAUGUAUGGUUGGGCAGCAGCUGGUGUUAAUCAUGUAUUAAUUUUUGAAGUUGAUCCACGAAAUCAUCUAACUUAUCAGUCAGUUAUGCAAAUAUCGUCAUUUAUGUGUCUUUUAUGGGCACUUGGAGUUCUUGGAUACCUCUAUGCUCAUCUUAUCUACCUUCCACCUUUCUUAUUUCCUUUGUUAUUAAUGAUAAUUUGUACAGUUAUAAUAUUUAACCCGUUAAAGAAGCCAGAAAAUAUUUUUCGACGAGAUAGUCGUUUUUGGCUUAUCAAACACUGCUUUAACGUUUUUACGGCUCCAUUACAUUUUGUAACGUUUCCGGAUUUCUGGCUUGGUGAUCAAAUGAAUUCGCUAAUCACGAGUUUCCUUGAUUUGCAAUAUUUUGUUUGUUUUUAUGCAACAGAAGUCGACUAUUCGAACUGGACAUUAACUGUACGAAUGGUUAAUGUUACAAUCAAUGAUCAUGUGCCUUGGGGUUAUGUCGAUGUGAAUACGGGUCGUGAUAUGUGUACGAGUGCAUCAGGUGUGCGAGCAUUAGUAUCAAUAAUUCCAGCAACAGUUCGUUUUAUGCAGUGCCUAAGGCGAUUUCGUGAUACGGGGCGUGCACAUCCUCAUUUAUUAAACGCUGGCAAAUAUUCCACUACUUAUUUAGUCAUUAUUUUUAAAUCGCUAAAUAAUUGGGCGGAAAAACUUGAUCCAACAACAACGAGUAUUUUUUUUUAUCUUUGGAUUGCGUCAUAUAUUAUAAGCUUUACUUAUACAUUCCUCUGGGAUAUUUUCAUGGAUUGGGGCUUAAUUGAUCCAAGGGCACCAAAAGAUUCACCAUUUUUACGCGAGGAAAUGAUCUAUGGGAGUAAAUGGUAUUAUUACGCAGCUAUAGUACAAGAUUUUAUUCUUCGUUUAUCAUGGGUACUUAACGUUUCAUUGGGAGAAGCAUGGACUCUUGAGUCUGAUUUUUUAACUUGUAUUACGGCACCACUGGAAGUAUUUCGACGUUUCAUAUGGAAUUAUUUUCGUCUUGAAAAUGAACACGUGAAUAAUUGUGGUCAGUUUCGUGCUGUUCGUGAUAUAUCGAUAAAACCAAUUAAGAAAGGCGAUCUUGAAUCGUUAAUAUCAAAAAUGGAUUCGGAAGAUGGAGUUAUUCAUCGUGGACAAGAUUUACGUGAACGUGUGAAAAGACAGAAAAAAGCUGCAAAAGGCAAACGGCAAAUUUUGCGUAAAGCUCGUUUUACUCGCAUUGCCCUUACAACAUCAAAUAAUCCUACCAAUAUAAUUGCUGAAUCAAAAAAUUUUUCGACAUUCCAAUUGCCAAAAAUUAUUGUUCAGUGUCAUACGUAUUUACGGUAUAUUAUGGUACUACAAUGCGCUAAAGCUGGGCAUCAUGCUUCAGGAUUUGAGUUGAACAUUUGGCUCAUCUUGUAUUCGAGAUUAAAAGCUCGCCAAUUAGGUGUUGCAAAUCAUGCUAAAUUUUAUCGGAAGGAUAUUUUCAAAGCAGAUCUAACAGCUUACAACACUUGUAUUAUUUUUGGCACUGAAACACUGAUGGAACAUUGUGUAGAAAAACUGGCUGAGAUGAAUGCUAACUCAAAUUUGUUGACAUGCCGUUAUCCAUUGCCUCUUAAUGAUCACUGGCAAGAAAUUUGCACAAUUGGAUCCGAUGUAAACACUGUUUGGCUUUAUAAACGAAACGGUUCUAAAUUCUAUGCAUAA